AUGUCAAAGAUCAGUUCCCCAGAUAAAAUGUUUUUGGGGCUAGAUUUGUCGACCCAGCAAAUCAAAAUCGUCGCAGUCGAUGAGCAAUUGACCCCGUUAUGCUGCUAUGCCGUGACCUUUGAUGAUGAUUUACCCUCUUAUAACACCACCCACGGGGUUUACAAACAAGAAGCCGGGAGGAUAGUUGCUCCGGUGGCAAUGUGGUUGGAUGCCUUAGACUUGGUGAUGACUAGAAUGAAAGAUGAUGGGUUUGAUUUCUCCAAAGUGGUAGGAAUGUCUGGAUCUUGUCAACAACAUGGGUCAGUGUACUGGGCCAAUGAAGCGGUGGGAUUACUACAAAGUUUGGACGGUGACACCACCUCGUUGAAAAAUGGUCUCUUUCCUCAAGCGUUUACUCACACGGUUGCCCCAAAUUGGCAAGAUCAUUCCACAGUUGAAGAGUGCAAACAGUUCACUGCCGCAGUGGGUAGUGGUCAAAAGUUGGCGGAACUUACUGGGUCUAAAGCGUAUCAUAGAUUCACAGGUCCUCAGAUCACGAAAUUUAUUAAAGACCAUCCAGAAGCUUAUGAAAAUACUCACAGAAUCACUUUAAUCUCCAAUUUCUUAUCGACGGUGCUUUUGGGAAAGUUUUCAAAAAUCGACCAAGCCGAUGGCUGUGGUAUGAAUUUGUAUGAUAUCCAAGGUAAAUGCUGGAACCCUGAUUUAUUGGAGGCCACUGUUUUGGGGAAGAAAGAAUCAAUUACUAAAUUAAUUGCCAAGCUAGGUGGAGAUGUCGAGCCCCUGGGAUUCAACUCCAUUGGCUUAAUUUCUUCAUACUUUGUCAACAAAUUUGGUUUCAGCCCAAACUGUGGAAUUUAUCCAUUCACUGGAGAUAAUCUUGCAACUAUUCUCUCUUUGCCACUUCUCAAAAAUGAUUUGCUUGUUAGCUUAGGUACUUCCACCACAUUGUUGUUGAUUACUGAUGUCUACAGAGCAAACGAGAACUACCACAUCAUGAUUCAUCCAACCAAUCCAAAUCUUUAUAUGUACAUGAUCUGUUACUCUAAUGGAGCGCUUGUUAGAAAUGAUGUUAGAAACAAGGUUAAUAAAAAAUACUGUAUUGCUGAGGAUUCUUGGGAUAAAUUUUCGGAAAUCCUUGAUGGAGAAAAAUUUGAGGCCAGCAAGGAUGGCAAUAUUGGGAUAUACUUCCCACAAGGUGAAAUCAUCCCCAAUGUUGACAAACCAGUGAUUCUCAAAUACAAAUUUGACACCACCACUGGUGAGCUUAUUGAAAACCUUGGUCCUGACUAUAAAAAUGUGGAGACUGAUGUUAAAGGGAUCGUUGAAUCACAAGCCCUCAGUGGUCGGAUUAGAGUACAUGAGCUUCUUAAAAAAGAUUGUAAUGAUAAUAAUGGUGAUUUAAAACCUCAUAAGCUUUUCUUUGUUGGUGGAUCUAGCAGAAAUCAAUCAAUAAUCACCAAAUUUAGUGAAAUUUUGGGUAAUGAAUUCCAAGGAGACGGUGGUAAGGGAAACUACAAGAGCUUGGAACCGAACAGCUGUGCAUUAGGAGGAGCCUACAAAGCUUGCUGGUCAUAUUAUAGAGAACAUGGUGGUAAUGGUUGUUUUGAAGAUUACUUGGAGAACAAGUUUGACUGGAGUAAUUUGAAGGAAUUUACAGUGGAAUACAAAUGGAAUACAUUCAAGAUUGCGGAAGCUGCUUUAAGAAACUUGGAGCGUUUGUUAUGA